AUGAGCAGGCCGUCCGCUAAGCUCUGCGCCGACUGCCUCCCCGGGGCGCUGCGGUCGUCUUCGCCACGGGGCGUGCGUCCGGCUGUGACGCUGCAAAGUGCGGCAGCUCGCGAACGGCCAUAUUCCACCGACUGGAGGAGGGCUGUGCAAGUUGAGAACACGCGCUGGAGACAACCUUCUUCCUCUGGUUCGGUGGUCGGGUGUGGUGUCUCGUCGCCACCACUUGUUGCGACGCGCGCACCACUGCUGCGAGGGAGGGGGUUGGCUACCGUUCGCGCGGAUGCUGCUACGGAGGUGGAGACUGUCACGAAAAAGGAGACUGCGGCUGCGCAGCCGACGGAUGGGCCGUUGAAAGAGUAUGAGAUUCGUGUGCAGGAGGGGAGAUUGCGGGAUGAUUCGUAUCAGAGAGGCAUCGUCGAGAGUCUACAGUCCCUAUUCGAAGCUCUGAAAGGAUACCACGCCCCCAAAGUCAUCCACCCCAGCGUCGAGUCCCUGGACCUGCAAGCAAAGAAGUCAUUCUUCGGUUCGUUGUUCAACCGCGGCAACGCAGCCAAGGCCGCCGCACGCUCCGUCCCCGAGAACCUGCCCAAGGGACUGUACAUGUAUGGCGAUGUGGGGUGUGGCAAGACCAUGCUGAUGGACCUGUUGUUUGACACGCUCCCACCAAACAUCACGGCCAAAACGCGGAUUCAUUUCCAUAAUUUCAUGCAGGAUGUCCAUAAGCGUAUGCAUGUUGUCAAAAUGCAGUAUGGGAAUGACUUUGACGCGCUGCCGAUGGUUGCGGCGGAUAUUGCGGAGACGGCGAGCGUGCUUUGCUUUGAUGAGUUCCAGUGUACGGAUGUUGCUGAUGCCAUGAUCUUGCGGAGACUUCUCGAAUCCCUCAUGUCCCACGGCGUGGUCCUCGUCACAACAUCCAACCGCCACCCGGACGACCUGUACAAAAACGGCAUCCAGCGCGAAUCCUUCAUUCCCUGCAUCAACCUCCUCAAAUCCUCUUUGAACGUCAUAAACCUCAACUCGCCAACAGACUACCGCAAGAUCCCCCGCCCACCCGCAGCGGUAUAUCACCACCCCCUAGGCGAGGACGCGGAGCGCCACGCGAAGAAAUGGUUUGAUUUCCUGGGCGAUCCGAUCAAUGACCCUCCACACCCGGCUACGCAGCAUGUUUGGGGACGGAAUAUCCAGGUUCCGUUGGCGAGCGGUAAGGCUGCGCAGUUUACCUUUCAGCAGCUGAUCGGGGCUGCUACUGGCGCAGCAGAUUAUCUGGAGUUGGUGCGCCAUUACGAUGCGUUUAUUGUUACGGAUGUACCGUCUAUGAGCCAUAACCAGCGUGAUCUAGCUAGACGGUUCAUUACUUUCAUUGACGCGGUCUAUGAAAGCAGGGCAAAACUAGUCCUAACAACCGAAGUCCCUCUCUCAAACAUCUUCCUCUCCAAUACCGACGUCAAGAACUCCCUGAAGGGCAAGGACAAGGGCGAUGGCAAUAACGCCGACGACGACCACUCUGACAUCUCAGACGCAAUGCGCAACCUCAUGGAUGACCUGGGCAUGUCUGUACAAGCACUCAAGAAUUCCUCUAUCUUCAGCGGCGACGAGGAACGCUUCGCUUUUGCGCGGGCGUUGUCCCGUCUGUCCGAGAUGGGGAGUCGGGAGUGGGUUGAGCGUGGUGUGGCUGUUCCUGGUGGUGGGGUGAGUGAGAGUGAGUCUAUGGAGGAGAGGAAGGCGUGGAUGAAGACUAGGUCGCAUUGGAGUGAGGAUAAUAUGUGA